CUCUGAUCACAAACUUUUGGAUGGGCCUUCCAAAAGGGACAAACAAGGUUGACGCCGUUUAUGAGAGGAAGAGUGACAGCAGAAUCAUCUUCUUCAUUGGCUCUCAGUACUGGGUCUUCAAAGACACGAUUGCCAUGAGUGGCUACCCUCGGCCCCUGUCCGACUGGAACAUGCGGACGCCGAGCGGCACCAAGGUGGACAGGGUGGAUGCUGCCUUCGUCUGGGCCCACAACGGCAAAACCUACCUGUUCAGUGGGGGGCAGUUCUGGAGGUUUGAGGAAGGCCAGAACGCCGAGCAGACGACCAAGGAGCCAGAUGCCAACUACCCGCGGAGUAACGACCUCUGGACGGGAAUGCCAACCCACAUGGAUGACAUCAUCACCUUUGGGGAAGGAGACGCCUACUUCUUCAAGGACGACUUCUACUGGGUGCUCAAAAACGGAGGGAUAAACCAGGAAUACGUAUCCCCCAAGUCCACCGCCAUAGACUGGCUGCGUUGUCCAGGUCCUCCUCCUACGUUCACUCCGGAGGUUUCUGGAGAUCCAAAGGAAUGUGCCUGUGCCUUCAGCAGAUCUUCUCUGUCACUGAGGAACGACUAUCUGAUCCUGGCUGCUGUCCUGCUGAUGUUUAACGCGUUGAUUUCCCUAAAUAAUUAGUGGAUUAUUUAGGGAACCUGUUUUUGCUGCACUGAAUUAUAGAAGAAACCCUUUUUUUAACCAUCAUUCAGCCUUAGAUGAGUUAUUAGAGGGUCUGCUUGCAGAGAGGUUUGUUUUGUUACUGCUCAGAAUGUGUCGUUGACAGCCCGGAAACAGCAAUACGCUCCCAUCUUGCUUCAGUUUCACAUGUUUGCAGGAUAAAAAUGGACAAAAAUAAAGUCUCUUUGGGAUUGACUGGUAUUUAGCACCACCAUUCAGCAAGUGGAGCGAUCCUUUUAACUCCAUAUCUGAUCCAGCCAUGCAAAUUAAGAUGGUUAUGACAGUUAAGCCACCUUCAUUUCAUUUCCAAAUCUAACUGUUAUUUUUUAUUUGUAGAUGUGUUUAAAAAAUGUAUUUAACAGAUUAUUUAUAAGUUCAUGCAGUUUUGAUAUUAUUACAAUUAGAAAUGUGAUAACUGGAUUUUGUACACUUUGUAAUGCUGUUUGUGGAGCUCAAAGGUUGGUAAUUAUCUGAAUUUCCUUGUCUUUGUCUGUAAGGCUUAAGGG